GUGUAAAGUUAGAAAGUAUAAAAAACAGCUGUAGUGAGGAGGGACUUGCUACUAUUAUUCUUAAAGUUGAAUACUUUGAGGGUCUCACAACGAGAAUGUGAUUAUUUUAUGAAAAUCAAAAUGUCCCUUGAAACCCGAUCCAAUUCUGCGCUCAUGAAGCGUUCAGAGCAACUUAAACGUUGGCAAGAAAGUGAAACAUACAAAGAGCCAAGUGAACCUAAGUUAAAAAAAUCGCGCCGAAUCGGAUUCAGUGAUGGUUGCGUAUUUUUGGCAGCGUGCGCCGCCGGAGAUAAAGGAGAGGUGGAGGCAUUGCUGGCUCGUGGGGCUGACAUUGAUACUGCUAACGUAGACGGUCUGACAGCACUCCAUCAGGCCUGUAUUGAUGAUAACCUUGAGAUGGUUGAGUUCCUUGUGGAGCAUAAAGCUGAUGUUAACCGAGGAGAUAAUGAGGGGUGGACUCCUCUUCAUGCAACUGCUUCUUGCGGAUUCCUUAGUAUUGCCAGAUACUUGUUGGACUUCAAGGCGAAUGUAGCAGCAGUCAACAAUGAUGGCGAGUUGGCCAUAGAUAUCAGGAAACAAAACAGAUACAGAAUUAUUAGAAAUAUUAUUAAACCAGAGUUGCUUGUUUAGAAAAUUGAUUGCGAAGAGGCGAGACAUCGUGAAGAAAGAGAGAUGUUGAAUGACGCGAGACAGUGGGUCAACUCAGGUGUAUUCGGUGAUGUCCCGCAUAUAAAGACCGGAGCUACUGCUCUUCAUGUUGCAGCAGCCAAGGGUUACAUCAAGGUCAUAAGUCUUCUGCUACAGGCUGGAGCACAAGUUAACAUACAGGAUAACGAUGGCUGGACCCCUCUGCACGCUGCCGCGCACUGGGCCCAGCGUGAAGCAUGUGAACUGUUGGUGGAGAGCUCAGCUAAUAUGGAGAUUAAAAACUGUGUUGGACAAACUCCGUUUGAUGUUGCUGAUCCCGAUGUUCUCAGACUGCUUGAGGAUCUGAAGAAGAAGCAGGCUACCCUGCAGAAGGAUAAACCUCUAAUUGAUGUAAUCAAGAUAGUUCCCACCAGCCAACCUCCUCCUCCUAAGAGAAGCAUUAACAACAAUAACAACGGUGACUAUGGUGAGGUGACAGUCAACUCAGGAACAACUAACAACACGAAUGUAUUGGAUAGAUCUUCAAUCACAAGGCUUUCAUACGAUGACAAACUGUUGAGAAGCAAGGAGGCAACAGUCAAGGAGACUAUUGCGGAGGAGAAGAUUUCAUCUGACAGAAAAGAUGAUUUUAAGAUUACCGAUUCAGCUAAAAGUCGAUAUUUUGAUGGUCCUGGUCUGGUUGUAACGGAUGAGAGUGGGAAGGAUGCAGUUCCUGGGUUUAUCCCACCUCAUCCAGAUACAGGAUCCAACAAGGAUGAUUCUGCUUCUUGGAGAAGACCAGGCUCUCUCAGAGCUAGGCCCACUGCCAGUCCAAGUGGAAAACUAUCUCCUGGUGUAGAUGAGAGUGUUGUGCGACGAGCCCAUAGUUUUGGCUCCGAUGACAAACGCCGUGUGGCCGACGAUACUAUCAGCAAACAGAGCCCAGAUUUAUCAUUUAGAGGGAAAACUGAUAAAAACUUGUCCGGAACCGUGAGAAGGUUGUCGUCUGACAGCUCCAUGCUGUCCCCCUCUGAGUCCCUGACCUCCCCUUCCAGUUCUUCCAUGACCUCAAUGUCCAUCUCCCCAGGAGUCCUCUCCCCGCCAGGGACUGAGGGAUCCAUUACAAAUAUGUUCAAAACAUUCUUCAAGUCCUUUGUGCCUCCUGUUCGCGAUGAAGAGCAUGAAAUUCAGAGAAAGGCGCAUGCCAAGCGUGUUAGAGAGACACGACGGUCAACUCAGGGAGUAACCCUUGAGGAUUUGAAGUCUGCUGAGCAGCUGGUGAAGAAAAAGCAGCAACAGGAGAAUCAGUAUAGAUAUAAUGGAGUAACCCUUGAGGAUUUGAAGUCUGCUGAGCAGCUGGUGAAGAAAAAGCAGCAACAGGAGAAUCAGCAGCGAACAACAGAGCUGCAGCAGCUAGUCACUAGUGAACAGAGUUUAGUUGAACCCCCAGGGUCUACUGCUACUACUACUGUCACUACAUCAACUGCACUUACUAUCACAGAUACGGAGAAGAUUGCUGAGAGGAGACCAUCAUGGCGUUUAAGAAUGGAUGCCGGGGAGAAGAGUAGGUUUACGCUAGAGGAUAGUCGGGCCUCUGGUGGUGAAACCCGAACUACUAGUUCCGCGUACAGCCGCCAGGAUCGUCUCAGUACACAGAGCCCUGAGAGAAGAAUUUCACGUCCGUUCUCCUCGACCUACACUAGCACACUGCAGCCACCGCCAGAUAGUGACGGGGGUUGCCCUGAUACUCCGACCCUACAGGCCAAGGCGAGGAAGAAGAAACCGAAGAGACGAUCAACUGGAGUUGUAAACAUUGAUAUGGAUGAGUUUGAUAAAUCUGAAGAAUCUGGUGACGAGAAUAUUCCCUCCAAUUCGAGCCAGCCAACUACGGACAAAUCCAGCAAAAGUGUUAAUGGAGAUAUUGAUUACAAAAAGCUUGCUCUAGUAAACGAUGAUUUACUUAAGUUGUGGGAGGAGUCUCAAGCUGAGAAUACUCGGUUGAGGAUGGAGAUGUCAAGUAUCAGACAAGAUCUAGAUUCUUCUAAACAUCAGCUGGAAACUGCUAUUCAGGCCUCUACUAAGAAUGCUGUAUCUGACGCUGAAAAGAGAGAGAAGAAAUUGUUGGAGAAAAAACUUGGAGAAAUGGAAGAAGAAUUGAAGCAACUGCAGAAACUAAAAGCGGAGAAUGAAAAGCUUAAGUCUGAAAAUCGGGCGCUGACACGUGUUGUGUCUAAGCUAACAGCAGCUGCUACCAAAACCGGUUCUAGUCUUCCGGCCCCCCAGACCAGAAAAUAGGACUCUGGACCAACUGAAGGCGGAUAAUCAAAGGCUGCGGGAUGAGAACGGAGCUCUCAUUCGAGUUAUUUCAAAGCUUUCCAAAUAGGA